AUGGAGGCCGAGCUCACCGCCACUCGCCGUGCGAAACAGGAGGAGAUGGACGCACUCAAGAAGCAACGUGAGGAGGAGGAGAAGCAGCGCGCCGAGGCGGUCCGCAAGCAGCGCGAGGAGGCUCAAAAGAAGAAGGAGGAGCUGAAGCAGAGGGGGAGCAAGGACGCCGAGGGGGUAAAACGCCGGAGUAAGGAGGCACAGGAGGAGCUGAAGCAGAAACGGGAGAAGGAGCAGGAAGAGCGUCGAAAGAAGAUAGAGGCGCGCCGCGAGGAAGGCAAGCAGGAGGCCAAGAAGAAAGAGCAGCUGCUGGAGGAGAAGCGCAAGGCCGCCGCGGAGGAGCGUGAGCGUCUGGAGGAGCAGCGUCGCCAGCAGAAGGAAGCGGAGGAGAAGGAGCUGGAGGAGAAGCGCAAGAAGGUCCUGGAGCAGCUGGAGAAGAACUACGACAUUGUGGACGAGGACGAGUACACGAAGGAUCGCAAGGAGCGAGAGGAGAUGGCGCGCAAGGAGAAGGAAGAACAGGACAAGGCCACUGCCGAGGCUCUGGAGCGCCAGCAGCAGCUGAACGGGAAGCAUCUCGCGGCGAGCCAGAAUGGGACACCGAAGCCCAGCCCACCACCGGAGGGCGGGAAGGCGAGCGAGCAUCCCAAGGCGGAAUAG